CGGCGAAAGAGAGAGAAACAGAGGUUGGAGGGGUUGAGGGUUUCUGUAGAGCUAAAAUGCCAUUUCUGACUCUUAUCUCCCAUGCUAGACCGAACUUUAACUAGAAUGCUUCUUAGCUGCCAUUUAUAUCCUCGUUUCAGUCUUACAGCAGGGCAGCCACCCAGCCUCUAUUGUGACGUCAGAGUUAUCCGCCACCGGCCCCCCCCCCCCUUUCUAUAUGAACUCGUAUCCACAGAGCAGAAGCCUAGUAGAGGCUGCUCAGAGGUGGUGGGCCUGGCUGCUUGGAAAACUGGGGUUGGUGCCCGGGAUUGUCUCCCCACCUUCCCAGUCCUAGGGAUUCCGAUGGCCGCUUCUUUGGGCUCCCAGAGGCAGAAACGAAGGGAAUUGGAUGCCCGCCGAAGUAAGUGCAGAAUCAGGCUGGGUGGCCACAUGGAACAAUGGUGUCUUCUCAAGAAGCAGCUCGGUUUCUCUCUGCACUCCCAGCUUGCCAAGUUCCUGCUUGAUAGGUACAAUUCUCCAGGCUGUGUGCUCUGUGCAGCUCUGAAAUCUAUUAUCCUGAGAAGAGAAGAGGAAAAGUGGCCUGGGGAGCCAGGCCCUGAGCCAUCCCCCCCAGAGGGUCUCCAGUAUCUGGUAUUCUUGUCCCAUGCCCACAGCCGUGAAUGCAGCCUGGUACCAGGGCUUCGGGGACCAGGAAGCACAGAAGGGGGGCUCAUAUGGGAGUGUUCAGCUGGUCAUACCUUUUCCUGGGACCCCUCCUCUGGCCCUGCACCCUUAGGAUCCAGUCCUUCCUACAUCCAACACUCAGCACUAAGGAACUGGUGGACCAAGUCUAGGAGCUGGCAAGAACAUGAAGCCCAGGUAACUGAGCACUAUGAUGGGACCCAAGAGUCUGGGAUGCCCAGGGGGGUGGCAUCCCUACCUGAGACUUCCCUGUCCCAUGGAGAAGACGAGGAAGAAGUAGAGGAAGAAGCGGAUAAUGAAGAUGAUAAUCUCAGUGAUGUCAGCCCUUGGACCUACAGCCCCUCUCCAGAUUGUGAACUAGGUACAUCUAGUCCCCUUCCACCUUACCUCCCCCCACUCAAAGAAGAAGAAACAACACUUCCACUCUCAAGUUCCCCCACUGCUGAUUCAUCAGAAACUGGAACACCCCAUCCUGAAGAUGACAGAGUACAGCUUGAGCUAGACAGAAUACCCCAGUUGGGCCAAGGGAGCAAGACCCAACCCAGCAGACGACGACGACAAGGACCUCCUCCCGUGCCUCUGGAUGAGGACAUAGCACAGAUUGGUCCCAAGAGGAUCAGAAAGGCUGCUAAAAGAGAGCUCCUUCCUUGUGAUUUUCCUGGCUGUGGGAAGAUCUUCUCCAACCGACAAUACCUGAAUCACCAUAAAAAGUACCAGCAUAUCCACCAGAAAUCUUUCUCCUGCCCAGAGCCAAGCUGUGGAAAGUCCUUCAAUUUUAAGAAGCAUCUGAAGGAACAUGUGAAACUGCAUAGUGAUACUAGAGACUACAUUUGUGAGUUCUGUGCCCGCUCCUUUAGAACCAGCAGCAACCUCAUCAUCCACCGGCGUAUCCAUACUGGGGAAAAACCAUUACAGUGUGAGAUCUGUGGCUUUACCUGCCGCCAGAAAGCCUCUCUGAAUUGGCAUCGACGCAAGCAUGAGGAGGCAGCAGCAGCUUUCCAAUAUCCUUGUGAGUUCUGUGGCAAACGAUUUGAGAAGCCUGACAAUGUCAUUGCCCACUGCAGCAAGAGCCACCCUGCCCAUCGUCCUGGCCCUGGCUCAAGCCCCACCCUCUCAGAGCCCUACCCUUCACCCACUGUCUCUAGUUCUACUUCUACCAUUUUGGAAUCUAGCCUUUCAUGUGAGUCCCAGAAAUCUCCCCCCUUGGAUUCUAGCCCUUCCUCACAGAUCCAGAGGAAUCAGACCUCAAGGUGUUAGGAAGCAGAGUGGAAAGUGGGGUGGGGAAAGGCAGGAAGGCCUUCAGGGUGACAGUAUAAGUACAUUAGUGCCAGUCAUACCUUUAAGGGGAGCCAGAGGACUGGAUUGCCUUGCUUCCUACUGCUAAGAAAGCAAUAAAAUUAUUAUUUUACAUAUAUA